CCGGCCCGGUUGCUCAUUUCCCGGUCUAUAGCCCAUUUUCUGCCGGGUCUUUUUCAGCUUUGAGGGUUUUAGGGUUUUGCAGAGAAGACUGAAGAGAAGAGGAGACAACCACAGCAAUGGAUCCUUCGCGUCUGAACCCCGACGAAUUGCAACAGCUUCUCACCCAAGAAAAGCAGAAGGCCAUGCUUAAUGAGAUGGUCGCUAAAGUUACAAAAGAAUGCUGGGACAAGUGUAUCACAGGUUCCCCGGGAAGCAAGUUCAGCUCUAGUGAAUCAAGUUGCCUAUCAAACUGCGCUCGGAGAUAUAUGGACAUGAGCAUGACCAUCAUGAAACGCUUCCAGUCCAUGCAAUGAGUUGUUUACUCCUGCAAAGGUAUCCAAGUUUAUUGAUUCUGACAUUGUGUUGUUCCCCCCAGAUUUAUUUAGUACUUCAGAGAAAUGUUUUUGUGUCGGCUUCUUCAUUGUACCUGGUUCUUUAAUCACAAUUUACCAGUUUUACAUGUACUAUGCACAUUCCCCUUCUCAUUUCUCAUACUUGACGGAAUGAUGUAUUGCUCUAUUGCUUCUUCCUGCCUGCAUUGUAACGUGUUGGUUGCACGUUUGAAGGAAUGUUUGUUUAGUAAGAAAAGCUUGGAUUAAAGUGUUGUAAAAUAAAACAUAUAUGAUUUUCUCUUGAAACAAAGAAUUUAGAGCUUUGAGGGAGGAAAAAAAAUGUUUCCUACAAUGGUGUUACAAAUUGUGAUAUUAGACUUUUAGGGAUUGUUUCUGCAAUGUCUUUUGAACAUUCCUAGGAAUAUACAUGGCAUCACAUUUGCAUGUUU